AUGAAUUCAACUCUGGCAGAUGCGGAUAGCCUCCUGCUUGGUUCAGGCGAGUCAGGUUACGCGACGACAACUCUGUCGUAUGGCGUUGCUGCUUUCGCCACAACUCUCCUGAGCCUGAUAGCAAUCGUGUCCUAUCAGCCAAGAGUCCAUGAAAAGUCUCCAGCGUUUACUCGUGACACAUCGCCUAUUAUCGGCUCUUUGGGGUUUCUCACUCGACAAUGGUCAUUCUGGAAGUCUUCCACGGAUGGUUUGACCAAGAACUUCAGCUUCUGGCUGGGGAGCCGCCACGUGGUUGGCAUCACUGGCCAAGCCGCCCGCCGGAUGUUUUAUGACAAUCCCGACCUGUGUUUCGUCAGUCAGGCCAUCAUCCAGCCGUUUGGAGUCCACUUCUGGCCACCUGUCCAUGCCAUUUUCAAGGCUGGCUUCCACAGCGGACACAACAACACCUACUUUUUACGUCGUCUCAUGGAAUUGAUGAAGACCGAGGAGCUGAAGAAGGUCCUCCCGAACGCUCUGAGUGACGUCCACAAUGAUCUGCAAAGCCUCCUGAGCAAUGGCAAGAAGUCCAGCGUUACGAGCGCACCAGACAUCUGGCGGACGGUGUUCAAGCAAAACGCCCGCUUGACGUUCUGCGAUGAGGUCGUUGACGACCCGACGCUCUUCGAGCGGUGCGCAGAAGACGUCGGUACGCUCCUCCACACAUACAGCCACUACAACGUGCUGUUCAGCUGGUUGCCGGCGCCCUCGUACAUCAAGCGGCGUCUGGCUCGCCGAGACCUUGUCCAACUGGUGACCCAGAUGGUGAACAAGCGCGUCAAGGAGAAUACCCCGUCGAAGGACGACCCAUUACAGAGACUGAUCAACAACCGCGACAACAAGGAACACAUCAUCGAGUUCUUCGUCAGCAUCUUGUUCAUCUCCACGACCAACGGCCACGCCAUCGCCGGCCAGCUGCUCAACAUCAUGGCCAUCCACCCGGAGUGGCAGGAGAAAAUCUACCAGGAAAUCAAAGCCGCGGUGCACGCACAUGGCAAGUUUCAAGAAGGCACGUUGACGGAGAAACUGCGCCUUCUGCCGCUCGAGGCCUGGGAAACGUCAUUUCCCACAAUCAACAUGUGUCUUAAGGAAACGAUCCGCAUGUGGACCUCCUUCACCGUCACCCGGCUCAACACGUCGUCCAAGCCGAUCCCCAUCCCCGAUACCGACGAAGUGGUCCCGGCCAAGACCUUUGUCAUCUACAACUCGACCGAAGUCAACUUUAGCGAAAAGCUGUACCCGAAUCCCACCAAGUUCGACCCGGAGCGCUAUAACGAGGAUCGCGAGGAAUUCAAAAAGGAGACAUACGGUUUCCUCGGCUGGGGUCAAGGCUGCCACGCCUGUGUAGGCAUGCGCUGGGCCAAGCUGCAGCAGACCAUCAUCGUCGCCACCGCCCUGGCCAUGUACCAAUGGACCAGCUGCGACGCGAACGGCGAACCCGAUCCAUACGUCAAACAUCGCAGAAUCUUGGAUUCCGACCGCGCAUUCCAUCUGCCGCCAGCUUAUUGUAAAGUGGUGCCAAGGGAAGUGUGGUAG